AUGUUCUCCAGGAACCGCUUCAAUGGACAACACAGAACAGGUGUCGCCCCCAAAGGGGACGCCAAGGAGAAGGUCCGCAAAAAGAGGGCCCCCAACCCCAGGGUAGCGCUUGUCAUCCGGGAGAAGAUCCACCGCCUGCUCCAAGGAUCCGGCCAGGACCUACCCGCCCCAGACCAUAACUAUGCUGGGAUCGAGGAGGAGGGGGCAGGAGAGGGGCAGGAGAAGAGAAAGGAGGGCACAGAUAUUUUUGCGAGGUGUGGGCCCAGAGAGGAAGCUUGCUCCUCGAGGGUCCCCAACGGUAAGGCACAUGAAGGGGUGUCAGGGGCAUCCUGUGUUGGAGAGGUGGAACUGAACAGAGAGGGCUCUGUCAAAAUCCCUUGCACUCUGCAGCACAACAGUAGCAGCUGCCAAUCUCCAGUGAAGCAGAAAUGGAUCAUCCCGGACGGGAUCAGGACUGUCCCGGAACAGAGACGAACACCCAAACACCAGAAAUGGAUCAUCCCGGCAGGGAUCCGAACAAUCCCAGAACGCAGAAGAGAAGCUCAACACCAGAACCGGAUUGGUCCAAACAUGAACGGUUCUGGGUUUGGUGCAGUGGCAGGAGCAGCAGGGGGUAAGGCUGAAUUCACUCGGACACGUGGAGAACCAAAAAGGCCUGUUUCUAUGGGCGACUAUGUGGAUUACAGAACUCGGCAUGAUACUCUGCUGGAGGAGGAUGAGGAAGAAGAGUCUAGCGCCAUCAUCGAGCACAUCCUAAAGGAGCUAAGAGGGAUCAACAAGAUCCAGGAGGAGAUCUCAGACCUGCGGGACUACCUUACUUCCGUCCGUGGCUCUGUAGAGGAGGUAUCUUCCUGUGUGGAUGCUGUGCUCCUGGAGAUAGAGGGCAUUCGCUCCGGAAACAAGGCCAGUGGCAGUCCAGGGGAUGGGGCUUGGUCUGGGGCAGCAGGGGGCAGCGACGGGUCCCUCUUCACCCCUCGCCAGAGGCCUGUCAGCGCAUAUGGCAGUUUGGGCAGGCAGAUGGAGCCUUUAGAUUCCAAUGUCUGCCGACUGUCCGUCUUCAGCGAACGCCACAGCAUCCACGGAAUGCCCGCUGAGAUCCAUUUGCCAACGUUAGAAGAAACGUCUACCACAGUCUCGCCAGGCACAGAGUCAGUGGAGCUUGAGGGCCAGGAACAGGAGAAGGGGGAGCCGGAGGAUACGUCGGAACACAGCUCAGACAUCCCAGAACCCACCAUAGUCGGGAAACUGAGCUUUAGCUACCUGGAGCAGCAGGACGGCCAGGACUGCCCCAGCACCAGCUCCCUGUCCUCAGGACAUAGCCCCAAUUCAGAGUCUGACCUCGAGAGGCCCUUGUCCAGACACGGCACAGGGCGUGGUGGGGCUAGUGGUGGUAGUAGUAGGGGUGGUGGGGUGGAGGGCUUGGGCGGUGCUGGCCCAAAGCAUGGUGAGACUGGGGAGGCUAGGUGGCAUGAAGAAGGCUCUUACUCCAGACAGGGGAGUCUGGAAGAGCAGGAGGGAGAGGAGCCUGCCUGCGUGGAGGGGACAGAGAGCUGGGAUCGGUACAGGGGCUCAGGGGGGUAUAGUACCGGUACCCUGGGCCAGUCUUCCACAGGAAGCUCGGACCACCUCUCCCUCCAGUCUGGACUACACUACAACCCCGCCAGCACCUCCAGCCAUGAAGAGUGGCGCGCCCAUAGACGGAGGCCAAAACCACAGCCUGGUACUCAACUUCCGACCGAUGCCCACCCAGAGAGCCACCGCCUGGGGUACGAGUGUGCCGCUGAUUACUCAUAUCACCAGAGCUCCGGUUACCACUCAGUGGAAGGACAUACUAAUGAGGUGGAAGGGUACGGCUACGCAGAUCCCAGCUACACAACUGACUGCAAAGUUGAUAGUUACCAGGAGACUUAUUCUGGCUAUGAGUGUGGCAUGACUGAAGAGUCUACAGAUGGAACUUGUACCUGGACUGAGAACUCCUUACUGAGCCACCCCACUGCGGUUGAAACAGACAUGCCAUUGGUCAGAGGGGAUAAAACAGGAAUGUCAUUGGUCAGAGGGGAGGAAAGAGUUAUGCCAGACCUGGAUGGCCGCCUCCCUCGCCCUAACAGCACAGAGAUCCAAAACAUGGGUUUUAACGUGAAGCGGAUCGGCCAAGCUGUGCUGGACUUCAGUUCUGCCCUGCGGGGUGCGCUACGCAAGCUGGAAGAACCCGGAACCGCCCAGAGUCCUGGAGUCGAGAACGAGAUGGAGCUACCCACAAGCCUCUUUGUUGAGCCUCAAAUGGACUUACCCCAUGCAGAUAUGUCUCAAAUGUUCCAAGAAGAUGGGGUGAACCCAGGGGCCACGGACGACACAGAGGGACAGACCCAGACCAGUGUCCUUUCCUCUGCUCCCUCAGACCCCUGCCCUAGUGAACCCCUGCCAGAAGAGAUCAGCGACAGCCUCCCACAGGACCAUGAUGACCCUUGCGAGUCCUCUCCCCUUCCCUACCCUGGACAAGGUGUUUCCCACCCAGGCCUUUCCUCACCUGGCCCAGAGCCUACCUUCUCCCCGCCCCAUAUAGAAUCAGAGGAAAAGGGACUGUCUCCUCUGCCCCAGGGCCCAACAGACGCCCCCACUCUCAACACCUCGCUAUCGCAAUGCACCACUGCAGAGUCCCUCUCGCUUUCCUUCUCAACUGAGGAGCCGGCACCCCAGGAGAAGCAGGGAGACGAACCCCCACCGCUGUCACCGCCGCAGCCCAGCACAGACGCAGAAGUCCCAGAUACCCCUGCAGCCCCUGAGGGCGAGGCAGCGAGAGAGGCAGAAGCAGAGGGAGUGGAGGAGCACCCCAUGGAGAGGAGCCAGAAGUGCCUGAGGACCUUCCAGCAGAUGCUGCGGGAGAAGAGGGAGACGCGGCACCAGCUCACCAGCAUGACCAUGUCCACGUUCGAGGAGAACGACCUCAUCACAGGUAGCUAUCACCUACCAGACGUCUCUGCCAUCCAUCGGACUGUUACUCAUUAAGCACUGUCUGGAACAAGAGCACAUGUUCAUCACCUGGUUAUAAUUUUUUCACUGACACACGUCUACAUACUCAUUUUGUUUCCGUCUCUGUGCUGUAAGUGUUUGCAUGAGCAAAAACUUGUACUAUAUUUUUCUUUGUUGACUUCUGAAUCCUCAUCUUCCUUCGCUUAUCUUUUUUUGUCUCCUCAGGCCUCAGCAUGUUUUCUGUUUGAGUUUAGUACAUUUUUCUUCUUAUAUUAAAAACAAUCUAUCAUUUUGAAUGUUUCUCAUCUCGUGGAAGAAUCUAGAGCUAUUUUCUGAGCUUUUUUCUGUGCGCCAUACCAUUGUUAUAUUGUUUUCUGAGAAAUCGACACUUCCAAAGAAACCUCAGAUAGUUUUCAGACGACCUUUUUAAUGAUCAAAGCCCCCUAUUCUUUUAUAACAAUCCCUUAAAUAUCUUCACCAUCUUCAUCAGUGGCUUUUAAAAAGGCUUUUGCUUUGUUCAUCACCAGAACUAAUCUUCUACGGUAUUAUUUUUGUCUCAUAAUUAAAGCGGCAAUCAGCGGUAAAAACAAUAUCAAAGGAACUCCCUGACCCUAUUUUGGUAAAAAGCUGAGGAAUGGGGCUGGAUAAAUGUAACCACUCUCACAUUCAUAGACAGAGCUAUGGAUGCAUGAUAUCAAAGUUAUAGUUGUAACCAUGUUUUGUGGCUAUAUAGUUUUUGUCUACAUUUACUUUGUUCACAAACAUUGAAUUAAUACAAGCUUAUAUUUUGGGUUCUGAUGGGGUACAACAGUUUAAAUGAAUUUAUUAUAAGUCCAAAAAAUGAUGUGGCAACUGCUGAUUGCCCCUUCCAUUGACUUCAAUGUCACUUAUUUCACAUACAGUACAUUCGGAAAGUAUUCAGACCCCUUGACUUUGUCCACAUUUUGUUACGUUACAGCCUUAUUCUCAACUGAAUUUAAAAAAAAAAUCCUCAUCAAUCUACACACAAUACCCCAUAAUGGCAAAGCAAAAACAGUUUUUUGCAAGUUUAUAAAAAUUUUAAAACUGAAAUAUAACAUUUACAUAAGUAUUCAGACCCUUUACUCAGUACUUUGCUGAAGCACCUUUGGCAGCAAUUACAGCUUUGAGUCUUCUUGGGUAUGACGCUACAAGCUUGGCACACCUGUAUUUGGGGAGUUUCUCCCAUUCUUCUCUGCAGAUCCUCUCAAGCUCUGUCAGGUUGGAUGGGGAGUGUCGCUGCACAGCUAUUUUCAGGUCUCUCCAGAGAUGUUAGAUCGGGUUCAAGUCCGGGCUCUGGCUGGGCCACUCAAGGACAUUCAGAGACUUGUCCCGAAGCCACUCCUACGUUGUUUUGGCUGUGUGCAUAGGGUCAUUGUCCUGUUGGAAGGUGAACCUUGCCUCAGUCUGAGGUCCAGAGCGCUCUGGAGCAGGUUUUCAUCAAGGAUCUCUCUGUACAUUGCUCCGUUCAUCUUUCCCUCGAUCCUGACUAGUCUCCCAGUCCCUGCCACUGAAAAACAUCCCCACAGCAUGAUGCUGCCACCACCAUGCUUCACCGUAGGGAUGGUGCAAUGUUUCCUCCAGACGUGACCAUACUCUACCAUAAAGGCUUGAUUGGUGGAGUGCUGCAGAGAUGGUCCAUCUGGAAGGUUCUCCCAUCUCCACAGAGGAACUCUGGAGCUCUGUCAGGGUGACCAUCGGGUUCUUGGUCACCUCACUGACCAAGGCCCUUCUGCCCCGAUUGCAGUUUGGUCGGGCGGCCAGCUCUAGGAAGAGUCUUGGUGGUUCCAAACGUAUUCCAUUUAAGAAUGAUGGAGGCCACUGUGUUCUUGGGGACCCUCAAUGCUGCAGACAUUUUUUUGGUACCCUUCCCCAGAUCUGUGCCUCAACACAAUCCUGUCUCGGAUCUCUACGGACAAUUUCUUCGACCUCAUGGCUUGGUUUUUGCUCUGACAUGCACUGUCAACUGUGGGACCUUAUAUAGACAGGUGUGUGCCUUUCCAAAUCAUGUCCAAUCAAUUGAAUUUACCACAGGUGGACCCUAAUCAAGUUGUAGAAAAAUCUCAAGGAUGAUCAAUGGAAACAGGAUGCACCUGAGCUCAAUUUCGAGUCUCAUAGCAAAAGUUCUCAAUACUUAUGUACAGUUGAAGUCAGAAGUUUACAUACAACUUAGCCAAAUACAUUUAAACUCAGUUUUUCACAAUUCCUGACAUUUAAUCCUAGUAAAAAAUCCCUGUCUUAGGUCAGUUAGGAUCACCACUUUAUUUUAAGAAUGUGAAAUGUCAGAAUACUUGUAGAGAGAAUGAUUUAUUUCAGCUUUUAUUUAUUUCAUCCCAUUCCCAGUGGGUCAGAAGUUUACAUACACUCAAUUAGUAUUUGGUAGCAUUGCCUUUAAAUUGUUUAACUUGGGUCAAUCGUUUCGGGUAGCCUUCCACAAGCUUCCCACAAUAAGUUGGGUGAAUUUUGGCCCAUUCCUCCUGACAGAUACUUAUUUCCCUCAUUCAAAUGCAAAUCAAUUUAUAACAUUUUUGACAUGCGUUUUUCUGGAUUUUUUUUGUUGUUAUUCCAUCUCUCACUGUUCAAAUAAACCUACCAUUAAAAUUAUACACUGAUCAUUUCUUUGUCAGUGGGCAAACGUACAAAAUCAGCAGGGGAUCAAAUACUUUUUUCCCUCACUGUAUAUGCCCCAUUUGGAGCAAUGCAUCACCACCCUCCAUUCUAGGAGCAGUAUGGCCAUUUACUGGAUUAAAAACAUUACUUAUCUCCUAUGAAAGUAGGGUCUGAUAUUAAAGAGGAAGAGGAAGGAUUAGGAGUCAUUUUCAUGAUGAAUUAUACAUGUUGAUGAAACAUUCAUGACCUCAGUUCCUGUCUAUCUCUGUCUCACUGUGGGCCUAUUUUACCAUUACCCUCCCAGCAUCACAACUGUAGCAUUUUACUGCAAAUGGAUCAGCUGGAAGUUGUUCUAUUUACUUUAACUGCUUAGUUGAUGACUCUGCCUCCCUCUCUGUCUCUCUGUCUCUCUCUCUCCUCUCUUUCAGAUGGAAGUCAAGAUGAUCAGGUCACUUUUUGUCGUCUUAAAGUCUAUUUUUCUAAUGUCAAUGUCUUUUAUACGCAUGUCCUCAUAACUGGUGUGUUUUGAAGUUGACUAAUCUUGCUCAUGAGUUACUACCUCUGUGUUACAUGGCAACAUCAAGUAGUAUUACCUAAAUUGCUUCCUUCAGUUGGUUUGUCUCUUGGUGGUGAUUUUAACCUUUAUCCCUUUAUGAUCUUGUCGAUGCUUGUUUUCCUUGUUCACCCUAUCAGUCCCGAGACCCCAGCGAAAAUCCACUUUUCAUUUAUCUGACUUUCAUUUGUCUGCCAGUCCAACCCCUUUAUUUAGCCUCACAAUUAAGUGUUUUACCAUUUUAGUUUCAGGACAACCAGGGCUACAAGUAAAACACACAACUAUUUGACAUAAUCAGUUGCAUUCGUGAGUUUUAUUGACAAAUGUCAAUAAAAAAAAAAAGGUCAACCAAAGCAAAAACCUGAUCAAAAAGAAUUUACAUGAAUGAUGUAAGUACAGAAAUGGUUUGCUCACUGGGAAAUUAAUAUCCAACUAGUCAGUGACAACUGUGUGGAGUUUGGAGUUUGUGACUGCAACUAAAUGUGAGCUUAUUACAGUAUUAUAGACACUAUGAUAUUCUAUGUAGAAGAACCCCUUACCGUCUAACAACUGUUGUGAGCAAAACAUGUUACACGUGUGUGUUUGUGAGAGUAAUCUUUUCAUAGAUAGCUUUGAAUAGUUUGUAGCUCAAACCAUUUGGACUCUACAGAUGUUCUUGUAAUAAAAACCGGCACUGGCCCCUUCGGGAUCCGCCCUUGUCUCACAAACAACGCUCUAGCUCAGCCCACUUUAAUCACACAGACUAGCGGUUGGUAUCUACGGCUGCAGAAGAAGUAGCCGAAUCCAUUGGGGUACAACCCAGAAGUCAAACACACAAUGUUUAAAAGGGGUUAGAAGUCCAAAACGUGCCGGCAUUACGGUGGGACUCAUUGGGUUAACUCUCUCAGCAUUACGGUGGGACUCAUUGGGUUAACUCUCUCAGCAUUACGGUGGGACUCAUUGGGUUAGCUCUCUCAGCAUUACGGUGGGACUCAUUGGGUUAACUCUCUCAGCAUUACGGUGGGACUCAUUGGGUUAACUCUCUCAGCAUUACGGUGGGACUCAUUGGGUUAACUCUCUCAGCAUUACGGUGGGACUCAUUGGGUUAACUCUCUCAGCAUUACGGUGGGACUCAUUGGGUUAACUCUCUCAGCAUUACGGUGGGACUCAUUGGGUUAACUCUCUCAGCAUUACGGUGGGACUCAUUGGGUUAACUCUCUCAGCAUUACGGUGGGACUCAUUGGGUUAACUCUCUCAGCAUUACGGUGGGACUCAUUGGGUUAACUCUCUCAGCAUUACGGUGGGACUCAUUGGGUUAACUCUCUCAGCAUACGGUGGGACUCAUUGGGUUAACUCUCUCAGCAUCACGGUGGGACUCAUUGGGUUAACUCUCUCAGCAUUACGGUGGGACUCAUUGGGUUAACUCUCUCAGCAUUACGGUGGGACUCAUUGGGUUAACUCUCUCAGCAUUACGGUGGGACUCAUUGGGUUAACUCUCUCAGCAUUACGGUGGGACUCAUUGGGUUAACUCUCUCAGCAUUACGGUGGGACUCAUUGGGUUAACUCUCUCAGCAUUACGGUGGGACUCAUUGGGUUAACUCUUCAGCAUUACGGUGGGACUCAUUGGGGUAAAGGAGUUGAGGGCAGCAGGUAGCUUAGUGGUUAAGAGCGUAGUGCCAGUAACCGAAAGGUCGCUGGUUCUAAUCCCAGAGCCGACUAGGUGAAAAAUCUGUCGAUGUGCCCUUGAGCAAGGCACUUAACCCUAAUUGCUCCUGUAAGUCGCUCUGGAUAAGAGCGUCUGCUAAAUGACCAAAAAAACAAAAACAAAACAAACAACAUUAAAGCACAGGAUAUAGGUAUCAGGGUUUCACUUCAACUGUAGCAUAUUUCAAGUUUUGCUGUAAAUGCAGUAGUUCUAAUGGUUACGAGGUUGAAAGACACCAAUCACAGCUGAAUAGGCCAUUAUUGACCGCAUGUUGAACAUACAUACACCCUUCAGUAGAAAUUGGAGGGACAUCAAUAUGGCAUGGGAUAGUAUUGAUGAUGAUCGAUUGUUUCUUGACAGGGCCCGCAAAAAGUGUAUUUGAAAAGGAAAGGUGCGUGGGUGGGUGGGUGCGUGGGUGGGUGCGUGGGUGGGUGGGUGGGUGGGUGGGUGGGGGUUAUCAGUACCCUAUUCUGUGCUGCUUCAUGUGCAGUUGAUGAUGCUCACUCAUCCAACCAUCGGUGUGUUUGUUUGGCGAUGAGAAUCCUCUUUGGCAUGCUUCAGAGAAACUCAACCAACCCAGUCCAACCGCUCUUUCUUUAUCUCUGAUUCUGCCGUGAUAUUAUGUGUACAUGUUCUAUUACCACAACCUCUAUGAGAACUGUCAGUCUCAGUGGCUAAAUGUCUGACCUUUGACCUCGAUUACAGGGCCGAGAUGGAGACCCCAGCCAGCACCCGUGGGCCAAGCCUGGGUCAGUGACACUGCCUGUGUGUGUGUCUGUCUGUCUGUCUGUACAUAUUCAAGUGGACUGGAGUCCAACCACCAGCAAUGAUGACCUCCUAAUAGAUUUGGUAUUUUGUUAUAUCUUGUUUUGUUUUGAACUGUGUGUGUUUAGUGGUGCCACGCCCUUUGGGAUCGACAGCAUGCCUGACCUCCGCAAGAGACGGCCUAUCCCCCUGGUCAGCGAGCUGGUGAGUUUCUCUGACCUCUGACCUCUUCACCUUUCACUCCUGAACUUAACAGUUCCUCAGACAGACGGCAAUAUAAAGAUGUACCUUUAGUAAAUAACCGAAUAGGACCUCUAUAAUGUCAAAAGAAAAUACUAUUGCAAAAAUAUAAAGUACAAAGAACUACAGGGACAGUGUACAGUAGUGCAUGCUGUUUUAAGUUGCUGGUUAUGGCAGGGUAUUGUAUUUGUACACAUUAUCCUGCACCUUGCAGAUUAAAAACUUCACUGAAGGCCGUUCUGUUUCCAAGUGUGGUAUAUUUACACUACCAGUCAAAAGUUUGGACACACCUACUCACUCAGGGCUAUCGUCUGUAUACCUUGUCACAACACAACACUGAUUGGCUCAAAUGCAAUAAGAAGGAAAGAAAUUCCACAAAUAAGAAGGCACACCUGUUAAUUGAAAUACAUUCCAGGUGACUACCUCAUGAAGCCGGUUGAGAGAAUGCCAACCGUGUGCAAAGCUGUCAUCAAGGCAAAGGGUGGCUGCUUUGAAGAAUCUCAAAUAUAAAAUAUAUUUUGAUUUGUUUAACACUUUUUUGGUUACUACAUGAUUCCAUAUGUGUUAUUUCAUAGUUUUGAUGUCUUCAUUAUUAUUCUACAAUGUUGAAAAUAGUAAAAAAUAAAGAAAAACCCUUGAUGAGUAGGUGUGUCCAAAAUGUUUGACCGGUAGUGUAUGUGUCACUAAAGAAAAUCCAUUGACCUUUCUUCUCCUCAAGUGUCUCAGAGCUGAACGAAGUCUGACUGUGUUUUGAAGUGUUUCUAAGUGUUGAAUGUUUGAUGUGGGAGAGCUACUCUCUGAGGAACACCUGUCUUCUUUUGAUUCUCUAACCUUUUUUUUUUCUUUCUCAUUCUUUCUCCUCCCGCACCCUGUCACUCUCUUCCCAGGCGAUGGUAAGUGUAUAUCAGUGAGCUCAACACAGCCGAUAACAUGCAUGUGUGACCAACGGCUUCACUCUGAACUCAACACUAAGUCCAUAGAGACACUACUGUAGGCCUGCUAUGUGGUUUAGGCACUGUGUUAUUCCACUCCACAAGGUCCUUAAUGACCUGCUUUCCCUUGUCAAAAACAGGAGGGAAAAAACCCACAUGUUUUUACAGUACGACGCUAGUCUGACACCUACUUCACAACAAGUACACAUGACACACAUUAUAAUCCUGUCCAUCUCUUCUCCCACACACACACACAGGCUUUCAUAUGCUGUAGCACUCAGUGACAAAACGAACGCACAGGCUUUCAUAUGCUGUAGCACUCAGUGACAAAACGAACGCACAGGCUUUCAUAUGCUGUAGCACUCAGUGACAAAACGAACGCACAGGCUUUCAUAUGCUGUAGCACUCAGUGACAAAACGAACGCACAGGCUUUCAUAUGCUGUAGCACUCAGUGACAAAACGAAAAGCAGAGUGGAGUCUUUGUUUGUCUUUUUUCUCUCCCCAGAGCAGCCAUUUUAGCCAUAUAGUGGGAAACAGCUGACGACAUUGAUUAGCUUGUUUAGCAGGGAGCAGACAGACAGACAGACAGACAGACAGACAGGUUCUUAGCAUGUUUAUGCGGUUGUCAGACAGUCCACUGUGGAGGAGAGAGGGAACCAGACACACAGGGACAUAUCAGAGCACCGCUAAGCGCGAAGAACUGCUAACAUGUUGAUGAUCUGUCCUUAGACAACUACAGUCUGAGUCAUAUGCACAACAGGCUCUAUCCUGACCCAUAGAAACAUUUAGCCUGAAAUCCAGAACCUGUUUUGCUUACAUUCCACUCCAUGUCCUCCGUGUCAUACAAAGGAGUGGAAUGAUAACAGACUGGUACCCAGGCUAAGAAACAUUAUCCCCUGUACACACAUUUGCAGAAGAAGAACAACUCCACCUGCUUUCACAAGUGAAGGUGUGCAGAUAACAUCCCGUCCCUUACCCCCAUUAAAAUUAGGCUUCCUAUUUGACAGUGUAUCCAAAACAUUUAACCAACCUUCAGAAUUAAAAUAUUACAUAUCUGUGUGAACUAAAGCCACAGUUAUUGUAUUAGUACAUAAUAAACCUCUCUUCUGUCCUCAAUCCUCUCUCGCUUCUCUCUCUCUUCUCUCUCUCUCUCUUCUCUCUCCCGCUCUCUUCUCUCUCUCAGUCCAUGUUGCAGGCCAGGAAGGCUGGGCUCUCUAUGGCUACAAAGACGUCCCUCAAGGACCAGGAGCUGGUGAGAGAGACACACACAUACACACACACACCGUUCACCACUUGUUAAUCUAUUCAGUCUGACCUUUCCUUGGUCAUCUUGUGUGAAGUGCUGUCCUGUGUGAGGUGUGAGUUUAUAAAUAGCAUAGUGUGGCUUUCCCUGGUACAGUACUCUCCCUCUUUCUUUCUCUCUCUCUUCCUCUCUCCCUCUCCCUUAUGCCCCUCUCCCUACCUCUCCCUCCCUCUCCCUCUCUCCCUACUUCUCCCUCUCUCCCUACCUCUUCCCCUCUCCCUACCUCUCCCCCUCUCCCUACUUCUCCCUCUCUCCCUACCUCUCCCCCUCUCCCUACCUCUCCCCCUCUCCCUACCUCUCCCCCUUAUCCCUCUUCCCUUCUGCCUACCUCUCCCCUUCUCCCUACCUCUCCCCCUCUCCUACCUCUCCCCCUUAUCACUCUCCCCCUCUCCCUACUUCUCCCCCGUACCCUCUCCCCCUCUCCCCUACCUCUCCCCCUCUCCCUACCUCUCCCCUCUCCCUACCUCUCUCCCUCCCCUCUCCCUACCUCUCUCCCUCCCCUCUCCUCCUCUCUCCUUCCCCUCUCCCUACCUCUCCCCCUCUCCCUACCUCUCCCCCUCCCCCUCUCCCUAACUCUAUUACCUCUCUCCCUACCUCUCUCCCUGCCCCUCUCCCUACCGCUCCCUACCCUCUCUCCCUACCUCUCCCCCUCUCCCUACCUCUCCCUGCCCCUCUUCCUCUCUCCCUCUCCAUACCUCUCUCCCUCCCCCUACCUCUCUCCCUGACCCCAUAUUCCUGUCACAUUCUGAGAAGAACUUCCUCUCAUCUCCUCACCUUGCUUCUCCUGAUGACUGAUGGUGACUCAUAUAUUUUGUAAGGGCGGCAGGUAGCUUAGUGGUUAAGAGCGUUGUGCCAGUAACCGAAAGGUCGCUGGUUCUAAUCCCCGAGCCGACUAGGUGAAAAAUCUGUCGGUGCCCUUGAGCAAGGCACUUAACCCUAAUUGCUCCUGUAAGUCGCUCUGGAUAAGAGCGUCUGCUAAAUGACAAAAAAUGUAAAAAAAAUGUAAAAAAUGUAACAUUCCAGUUCUAACCAAACAAACAAUAGAGGGUUCUGUGUGCAUCUCGACUCUGCUCUGCAUUACCCACUAUCACUGACACCUAAAUACUGCACCUGACUAAACAUUGUCUGUUUCCCUCUCUGUUUCCCUCUCUGUUUCUCUCUCUGUUUCCCUCUCUGUUCCCCCCCUCCUGUUCCCCUUUUUCUUCUCCCUCUCUCCUUUUCUCUCUCUUCUCCCUCCCCUUUUCCCCCCUCUCUCUCUCCCUCUCCCCUUUUCUUUUCUCCUCUCUCUCCUCUUCCUCUUUCCCCUCUUCUCUUUUCUCUCUUUUCCCCCUUUUCCCCCUCCUCUCUCCCUUCCCCUUCCCCCCUUUUUUCCCUUUUCUUUCCCCCCCCCCUUUUUCCCUCUCUCCCCCACUUCUCCUCCUCCUCCUCCCCCUUUUUCCCCUUCUCCCCCUCCUCCCCUUUUCUCUCCCUCCCCCCCUCCUUUUCCUUUCCCCCCCCUUUUCCCCCCCCCGAUAUUUUUUUUCCUUUUUCAAAAAUUUUUUUCUCUACCCCCCCCUUUCCCCCCUUCCCUUCCCUCCCCCCCCCUCCCCCCCCUUUUUCCCCCCCUUUUUCCCCCCCCCUUUUUUUUCAUCCCUUUUCCCCCCCUUCUCCCUCCUCUCUCUCUUUCCUUCCCCCCCUUUCCCCCCCCCCUUUUACAAAAACCCGUAUAAAAGAUGCGGCCUGAAACCCCUUCCCCCCCCCUGCCCUUUCCGGUUUUCCUCCUCCCACCCCCUCUCAUGGGGGGGGCUUUCUCCCCCCCUAAACUGAUUUUCCAAAAUUUACAAAUGCCGGCCUCAACCCCCUCUUUUUAAAAAAAGGGGGGGAAAAGGGGUUUUUUUGGGGGGGGGAAGGGGGGCUGGGGAAAAAAAGGGUUGAAAAAGGGGGGGGGGAGGUUAAAGAGAGGCGUUUUUGGGGGGGCGGGAAACACAAAGGAGGGGGCCCCGGGGUUUCCCCUUUUUUUUAGUUAGGUUUGGGGGAAAUUUUGGGGUUUCUCCGGAAUUUUUAUUUUACCCGGGGGGGGCCCCCUUUUCCCGGGUUUUUUUGGGGGAAAAACCCGGGGGGGGAAAUGGUUUUUAAGGUAAAAACCCCCUGUGGGGAAGGGCCCAAUGGAAACAAAAGGGGCUUUCCUACAAAGCGCUAAAAGCCGUUUGGGGUUUUAACCCUUCCCUUUAAACAUAAGAAAUGAAUUCCAUUUUUGGUUUAGGGUUUUUAAAAUUUUUUUUAAAAAAGUUUCCCUUUUUGGAAAAAAAAUUAAAAAAAACAUGGGUUUUUUUUUUCCCCUUUUCCCUUUUUUUUUUUGGUUUCUUUUCCUCUGGAAACCGUUAUUAAGAACGAAGUCAAACCAAAUUUGCCCCAAAACCCCGGGGGGGGGGGGGAAAAAUGGGUGGGUUGCAGCCCCGCCCCCCCCCCCACCCCCCCCCCCCCCCCCCCCCCCCCCCCCCCCCCUAUAUGUUAAUGUCUUAAUAUAUGCAAAUACACCCGGUGAAUCUAUGCAAAUGAGCCACAUAUCCUUUUCUUUAUUUGAACACAAAAUAUAAAAAGAAUACUGGAUACAAUAACAAAAUGUAUAUAUGAGUGCAUUAUAUGAAAAAAAUAAGUGAAAUUUGACAACCAUUAAUUAUUUGUCCGUGCCAGUAAAAUGUUUUAUGUGCUAUAAUCAUCUGAUGGAUUACAAAAAUUCUAAAAGUUUGGAGUAUCUCCAUCCAUUGUAAAUUGCUUUGGAUAAAAGCGUCUGCUAAAUGGCAUAGAUUAUUAUUAUUAUUUUUAUAUAUUGUCCAACUUUUGCAUUUAUUAGAAUUGUUUUUUAAAACCUUUUAACAAUUUUGAUUACUGUUGCUAGUGUAACUCUCCCUCUCCUUUCCAAUCCCCCUCUCCUCUCCUCCCCUCUCUCAUCCCCUCUCUCCUCCCCUCUCUCCUCCCCGCUCUCAUCCCCUCUCUCCUCCCCUCUCUCCUCCCCUCUCUCAUCCCCUCUCUCCUCCCCUCUCUCCUCCCCUCUCUCCUCCCCUCUCUCCAGGGGCAGCUGAGAAGAGCUCUAAGACGGGAGCAGAGGACCGGACCCAGCACAUCAUCACAGCUAUGAAGGACAGGAUGAAGAUCAGGGAGAGGAACAAGCCUGAGAUCUUUGAGGAGAUCAGGGCUGUGUUCGGUGUCACUAAGCUGCUCCAUGCACAGCAGAUGAAGACCAUCAAACAGAGCGUGUUAGACGGAACCUCCAAGUGGUCCGCCAAGAUCACCAUCACUGGUAGGUAUUGUACAGCAACACUGUACCACACCACGCUGCAACACUGUACCACACCGCACUGCAACACUGUACCACACUGCACUGCAACACUGUACCACACCGCACUGCAACACUGUACCACACCGCACUGCAACACUGUACCACACCGCACUGCAACACUGUACCACACUGCACUGCAACACUGUACCACACCGCACUGCAACACUGUACCACACCGCAGAACGGCUGUCAACAGUUUAGUGAAAUACACUACAUUACCAAAAGUAUGUGGACACCUGCUCAUCGAACAUCUCAUUCCAAAAUCAUGGGCAUUAAUAUGGAGUUGGUCCCCCCUUUGGCUGCUAUAACAGCCUCCGAUCUUCUGGGAAGGCUUUCCACUAGAUGUUGGAACAUUGCUGCAGGGACUUGCUUCCAUUCAGGCACAAGAGCAUUAGUGAGGUUGGGCACUGAUUUUGGUCGAUUAGGCCUGGCUCACAGUCAGCGUUCCAAUUCAUCCCAAAGGUGUUUGAUGGGGUUGAGGUCAGGGCUUUGUGCAGGCCAGUUAAGUUCUUCCACACCGAUCUCGACAAACCAUUUCUGUAUGGACCUCGCUUUGUGCACGGGGGCAUUGUCAUGCUGAAACAGGAAAGGGCCUUCCCCAAACUGUUGCCACAAAGUUGGAAGCACAGAAUCGUCUAGAAUGUCAUUGUAUGCUGUAGCAUUAAGAUUUCCCUUCACUGGAACUAAGGGGCCUAGUCCGAACCAUGAAAAACAGCCCCAGACCAUUAUUCCUCCUCCACCAAACUUUACAGUUGGCACUAUGCAUUCUCCUGGCACCGUCAAACCCAGAUUCGUCCGUCGGACUGCCAGAUGGUGAAGCAUGAGUCAUCACUCCAGAGAACACGUUUCCACUGCUCCAGAGUCCAAUGGCGGCGAGCUUUACACUACUCCUGCCGACGCUUAGCAUUGCGCAUAGUGAUCUUAGGCUUGUGUGCGGCUGCUCGGCCAUGGAAACCCGUUUCAUGAAGCUCCAGACGAACAGUUCUUGUGCUGAUGUUGCUUCCAGUGGCAGUUUGGAACUCAGUAGUGAGUGUUGCAACCGAGGACAGAUGAUUUUUACGCACUGCACGCUUCGGCACUCGGCAGUCCCGUUCUGUGAGCUUGUGUGGCCUACCACUUUGCGGCUGAGCCGUUGUUGCUCCUAAACAUUUCCACUUCACAAUAACAGCACUUACAGUUUACCGGGGCAGCUCUAGCAGGGCAGAAAUGUGAUGUACUGACUUGUUGGAAAGGAGGCAUCCUAUGACGGUGCCACGUUGAAAGUCACUGAGCUCUUCAGUAUGGGCCAUUCUACUGCCAAUGUUUGUCUAUGGAGAUUGCAUGGCUGUGUACUCGAUUUUAUACACCUGUCAGCAGCAGGUGUGGCUGAAAUUGCCGAAUCCACUCAUUUGAAGGGGUGUCCACAUACUUCUGUAUAUAUAGUGUAUGUUUCGUUGCAAAAACAGGUUACUAUUGAUGUUCCAGAACAGUGGUUGACGCGUGGAGUGAAAUAAGUGCUCUUAUAUUUAUUUCUCAGCUGCUCAUAUUAAGCACAGGCUCCGCUAUAAAAUCGAAGUAGCAUCAUUAUCAUCAUCAACCCGGCAUCAUUGAAAAACGGACUAGCGGGAAAGCACGCAGCCUCCAUUCGCUAUUCGAGUACAUACUGAUGACAUGUAUUUUUUCCCUUGCCCCUGAUCCUGUCCAUUUUUUUUAUUAAUGGGCCAUUCUAAAUCUAAACUAAUUUGACAUAUUAGUAAAGACAAGAUUACAUUGAGAAUAGUCUGAUGGGUUUAAAAUGUGAUCAUUUGAUGAGAGAACAGCUGUGCAGCCUGAGGCAAGGAACCGAGAGCAAGCUUUUUUUUGCGACUUUCUCAACUCAAUAGCCUGUAGUCGCAUCAUGCAGCCCAUAGAUGUUUUGAUUAUAAGGUUUGUAUCAUUCACAACUAAAGUUGCCAAAUAACUCUAAAUCUAGUUUAUAGGAUCUGUUUCAAAUGAUCACUUUUACAACAAACAGUAGCCACUUCAUAUGCGCACUCGCUCCAGAAUGGGGAAAAAUAUCCUUUCUAUUUUAUUCAGCUGAGUUCAAUUAUACUUCUUCUUACUAUAAAAUCAUAUAAUAUAAAAUAAUGGCACGGGACUUAUAAGCAUAUAUUUUCAGCUAAAUGAACAAGCCUACGGCCUAUGGCAUGGAACAUUGCCAGAUAACAUACAGUAGGCCAUGUAAGUUUCCCUGCAUUAAAGUCCCCGGCCACUAGGAGCGCCGCCUCUGGAUGAGCGUUUUCCUGUUUGCUUAUGGCCUUAUACAGCUAAUUGAGAGCGGUCUUAGUGCCAGCAUCGGUUUGUGAUGGUAAAUAGACAGCUACGAAAAAUAUAGAUGAAAACUCUCUUGGUAAAUAGUGUGUUCUACAGCUUAUCGUGAUAUACUCAACCUCAGGAGAGUAAUACCUCGAGACUUCCUUAAUAUUAGAUUUUGUGCACCAGCUGUUGUUUACAAAUAGACACAGACCACCACCCCUUGUCUUACCGGAGGCGGCUGUUCUAUCUUGCCAAUGCAGUGUAAACCCCGCCAGCUGUAUGUUAUCCAUGUCGUCGUUCAGCCACGACUCGGUGAAACAUAAGAUAUUACAGUUUUUAAUGUCCCGUUGGAUAUUCGUGAUCGUAGCUCGUCCAUUUUGUUAUCCAAUGAUUGUACGUUGGCUAAUAGGACUGAUGGUAGACGCAGAUGAUCCACUCGCCGUCGGAUCCUUACAAGGCACCCCGACCUACGUCCCCGAUAUCUCUGUCUCUUUCUCCUGCGAAUGACAGGGGCCUUGUCGGGUGUCUGAAGUAAAUCCUUCGCGUCCGACAUGUUAAAGAAAAAAUCUUCGUCCAGUACGAGGUGAGUAAUCGCGGUCCUGAUAUCCAGAAGAUCUUUUCGGUCAUAAGAGACGGUGGCAGAAACAUUAUGUACAAAAUAAGUUACAAAUAACGCGAAACAACACACAAUAGCACAAUUGGUUAGGAGCCCGUAAAACGGCAGCCAUCUCCUCCGGCGCCAUUAUAAAUAGAUUAAUAUAUUUAGUGGUUUAAUUUAAAUAGAUUAAUGUAUUUAGUGGUUUAGUUUAAAUAGAUGAAUGUAUUUAGUGGUUUAGUUUAAAUAGAUUAAUGUUGUUAGUGGUUUAGUUUAAAUAGAUUAAUGUAUUUAGUGGUUUAAUUUAAAUACAUAUUACACUAUUAUUAAAAAACACUUUUUAACCAGGUCUCUAAGCGACUGUAACACCCCAUAACUUUACCACCUGUAGUGACUUUGCUGGUACUCAGAUACUCAGAUACCCAUAAUAAUAACCAACUAUUCUCCAAUCUAUAACAUUUUGGGCCAUCAAGUGUUUAUCAACCAACUGCCUGAUGAUCAACCAACUGCCUGAUGAUCAACCAACUGCCUGAUGAUCAACCAACUGCCUGAUGAUCAACCAACUGCCUGAUGAUCAACCAACUGCCUGAUAAACAUUUGAUGGCCCAAAUGUAAUCGUUUGUCAAGUUUAGUUGCAGUGAAGUUACACAGUUGAAUUAGCAACCGUUUCUUGUGUUGGCCUGCUGAGCAAAGCCUGCUACUCCUUGGUCUUAGAUAGGGAAUCAAAGAGGGAGGGAAUCAAAGGUCUGUUAAAGGGUGUGUGACUAAAAACAUCAUAGUGAUUUGAUAUCACUGCACAGAUAGGCUACUGAAAUCAUGUUUGUUUGUUGUUUAUCGGUCUAAAUGUUGUUUGUUUAUCGGUCUAAAUGAAAGGGUUAGCAACACAUUUAUUCCAUGGUUAUCAACAUGGCUUUAAAGACACCUGGCAGAGCUUUACCGCUCACAGCAUUUCUCCUCCUACCUCCCGGGCCGCCGGGAUGCCAACAGCAAAGGUAGGGGGGGGGGCUUUGUGCAUUAAUCUCUGUGGUUAUAUUCCCUUCAAUAGAAUGCUAAAUUGAAGCUAGAAUAGAAUAUUAGUAUUAUUAUAGUAUUAUUAAUAAUGUUUAUUUUAUUCAUAUGACCAAAACACAAGAGUAUUCAUUGGAAUUGGACAUGGACUAAAAGCGAAUUGGUGAGAAAUGGUUUUAUAACAUCAGCCAGCCCAUCAGUGACGAUGACUCAUUCAAUAAUCUGCUGUGGUUUUGCUGAACGGUGUGUAUGGGUGGGUGACAUGGUGAGGUGACAUGGUGAGGUGACAUUCUGCGUGUGUAUCUUCAUGGACCUCUACGUCUGUCAUUGCCUUUUCAUCAAAUUGAAUCUAUGCUUACGUGAAAUAACGUGUUUGUGUGUGUGUGUGUGCGUGUGUGUGCCUGUGCGUGUGUGUGCAUAUUCAUAUGCGUGUGUGUUUGUGUGUGUGUGCGUGUGUGUGCCUGUGUGUCUGUGUGCGUGUGCGUGUCUGUGUGUGUGUUUCUGUUAGUCCUCAGUGCUCAGGGUCUCCAGGCUAAAGACAGGACAGGUUCCAGUGACCCCUACGUGACCAUCCAGGUGGGGAAGACCAAGAAGAGGACCAAGACCAUCUACGGAAACCUCAACCCUGUCUGGGAGGAGAAGUUCAACUUGUAAGGCUUCUCAUACCUUCUCUCUUUAUCCUCCUCUUCUUCACCCUCUUCCUCUUCACAUUCUCCCUUCCCUCCUCCUCUUCACUCACUCUCCUCCUCCUUCUCCUCCUUCUCCUCCUCCUCCUCCUCCUCCUUCUCCACCUUCUCCUCCUCCUCCUCUCUCUCCCUUCUCCUCCUAUGUGCCUAGAUAUCAGUGAAGGUUUAGUCAUAAAUUGCCAGUUGUUAAUGUACAGUAUGAAUAAAGAUACUUAACAGUUAAAUGAACCGUAAUCUUCCCUGUCCCUGCUCCUCUUCAGUGAGUGCCACAACACGUCGGACCGUAUCAAGCUGCGUGUUUGGGACGAGGACGAUGACAUCAAGUCCAGGGUGAAACAGCGUCUGAAGAGGGAGUCAGAUGACUUCCUGGGUCAGAGCAUCAUCGAGGUCAGAACACUCAGCGGAGAGAUGGACGUCUGGUACAACCUGGGUACGGAGUCACAUACAGUACCUACCACCACUGUGUGUUUUUUGGAGGGGGGUUGUGUGUGUGUGGUGCAUGUGUGUGUCUGUGUGUUUUUUGGAGAGGGGUUGUGUGUGUGUCUGUCUUUGUGCGGGUGUGCACGUGUGUGUGCGCGUGUGUGCGUGCGCGUUGUUGUGUGUGUGUGUGUGUGUGUGUGUGUGUGGUGCAUGCUCAACCACACUUACUGCUCUUCCCAGCCAAUGACAGUAGACCCAAUACCCCCAGUCUUCUUGUUAUAUAUAAUAUAUCAUAUAUAUUUAUCAUAUAAUAAACAAUAAGCUGUCAGCCCAGUAUGACAUCAAAGAGCCAGCACUGAAAAACCAUUCUCUACUAGAGAACUCUGCCUUCUCUAUUUAAAGUGGAACUGUCAACAUUUUAGCAACAAUAAGUCUUAUUCAAAUCUGUUUGUAUACACCCCCAGGAAGAAUAUGACACUUUUUAAAAAACAUUUUCUGACAAGCGAGCACUUAGAUAUGGUUAAUUUCACGCUUUCGUAAAUUCUUAGAACGUUUGGGAAUUAUGUAUACUAAGGCAUUUGUGAAAAUUCUUUAGCAAUAUAGAGUGGGAAAGCGGCCGUACGUUUGGACAAUUAAUAGACACUGCAGUAAAUAAAACCGAAUAAAAACAUCUGUCUCGUCCAGGACCUGAGUCACUGUUGCACAAUAGAAAGAACAAACUAAAUGUAAUUACUGUAAAAUUGACUGUGUCCAUAAAAUGUUGAGAGUGGGUAUGGGCUGGAAGUAGAGGCCUAGGCGUUGUUGUUCUCUAAUAUACUCCAAGUGGGGAAAGGGUGGCGGGGUUGGAAAGUAAUAAAGGGGAAUAUAUAUAUAUAUAUAUAUAUAUAUUUAAGUGUAUGUAUGUAUGUAUGUAUGUAUGUAUGUAUGUAUAUAUAUAUAUAUAUAUAUAUAUAAUGUAUGUAUGUAUAUAUAUGUAUGUAUAUAUAUACAGUGGGGAGAACAAGUAUUUGAUACACUGCUGAUUUUGCAGGUUUUCCUACUUACAAAGCAUGUAGAGGUCUGUCAUUUUUAUCAUAGGUACACUUCAACUGUGAGAGACGGAAUCUAAAACAAAAAUCCAGAAAAUCACAUUGUAUGAUUUUUAAGAAAUUAAUUUGCAUUUUAUUGCAUGACAUAAGUAUUUGAUACAUCAGAAAAGCAGAACUUAAUAUUUGGUACAGAAACCUUUGUUUGCAAUUACAGAGAUCGUACGUUUCCUGUAGGUCUUGACCAGGUUUGCACACACUGCAGCAGGGAUUUUGGCUCACUCCUCCAUACAGACCUUCUCCAGAUCCUUCAGGUUUCGGGGCUGUCGCUGGGCAAUACGGACUUUCAGCUCCCUCCAAAGAUGUUCUAUUGGUUUCAGGUCUGGAGACUGGCUAGGCCACUCCAGGAGCUUGAAAUGCUUCUUACGGAGCCACUCCUUAGUUGCCCUGGCUGUGUGUUUCGGGUCGUUGUCAUGCUGGAAGACCCAGCCACGACCCAUCUUCAAUGCUCUUACUGAGGGAAGGAGGAUGUUGGCCAAGAUCUCGCGAUACAUGGCCCCAUCCAUCCUCCCCUCAAUACGGUGCAGUCGUCCUGUCCCCUUUGCAGAAAAGCAUCCCCAAAGAAUGAUGUUUCCACCUCCAUGCUUCACGGUUGGGAUGGUGUUCUUGGGGUUGUACUCAUCCUUCUUCUUCCUCCAAACACGGCGAGUGGAAUUUAGACCAAAAAGCUCUAUUUUUGUCUCAUCAGACCACAUGACCUUCUCCCAUUCUUCCUCUGGAUCAUCCAGAUGGUCAUUGGCAAACUUCAGACGGGCCCGGACAUGCGCUGGCUUGAGCAGGGGGACCUUGCGUGCGCUGCAGGAUUUUAAUCCAUGACGGCGUAGUGUGUUACUAAUGGUUUUCUUUGAGACUGUGGUACCAGCUCUCUUCCGGUCAUUGACCAGGUCCUGCCGUGUAGUUCUGGGCUGAUCCCUCACCUUCUUCAUGAUCAUUGAUGCCCCACGAGGUGAGAUCUUGCAUGGAGCCCCAGACCAAGGGUGAUUGACCGUCAUCUUGAACUUCUUCCAUUUUCUAAUAAUUGCGCCAACAGUUGUUGCCUUCUCACCAAGCUGCUUGCUUAUUGUCCUGUAGCCCAUCCCAGCCUUGUGCAGGUCUACAAUUGUAUCCCUGAUGUCCUUACACAGGUGUCUUUUAUACAGGUAACGAGUUCAAACAGGUGCAGUUAAUACAGGUAAUGAGUGGAGAAACAGGAGGGCUUCUUAAAGAAAACUAACAGGUCUGUGAGAGCCAGGAAUUCUUACUGGUUGGUAGGUGAUCAAAUACUUAUGUCAUGCAAUAAAAUGCAAAUGAAUUACUUAAAAAUCAUACAAUGUGAUUUUCUGGAUUUUUGUCUCUCACAGACCUCUACAUGCUUUGUAAGUAGGAAAACCUGCAAAAUCGGCAGUGUAUCAAAUACUUGUUCUCCCCACUGUGUGUGUGUGUGUGUGUGUGUGUGUGUGUAUAUAUAUAUAUAUAUAUAUAUAUAUAUAUAUAUAUAUAUAUAUAAACAUGGGGGAUUGGAAGUGAUGCAGACAAUUACAUUGAUGGAAGUUACAAUCUAUCUGCAAUAUUAAGCUGACCCAAUAAAAAAAAAUAAAAAAUAAAAAAGCCAUUUGCCACACAGAGCUGCCAUCAUUCACUUUGAACUGGACUGUGUGUUUACAGGCAGUUGCAACAGCGCGACUUUAGACAAUUAGAACGCAUUCGCCAAAAGCCACAAAAUACGCCUGAAUGGAUUUCUGCAAUUAUGUCAAUACCACGGGAGUCCUCUUACAUUUGGGGACAUUCCAGAUUAUGUCAAUACCACGGGAGUCCUCUUACAUUUGGGGACAUUCCAGUCCUAUGAUCAAACAACCAUGAAAAUGAAGGUUCUCUCUCCCUCAGUUAUGCACAUCAACAACAACAAUAUCAACAACUAAUGCUAGCCAGAGCACAAUGAGCUAAAAAUCUAAUGAAGGUACAUUAGAUAAACCCUCUCAAACUUUUUCAGCUAGUUAGCCAUCAAAACUGCAAUGAUAAACGAUGGGGAAUUGUAGCCUACUCUUCCUUCUGCAACCAAGCACCCAAGUUAACUGUGGCUAAAGUUGGCUAGCUUGCUAGCUAGCUACUUCCAGAGACAAAUGAGAGAACACCUCACUCUGACCAUUUUACUCACAGUAGCAGAGCUGGUUAGCUAGGUUGUUUACAUGUUAUCUAGAGCGUUCUUGACUAACUAUAACUUUUUUUUUUGCCUACGUUUACUGACACCGGUCAUAUUCAGCGGGUGUUGCGCGUUCGUAAAUUCAUCAGUUAUUCUACGCUCUGCUGCACUCAGAUGAGAGUGCUCUGAAAUCGGAGUAGAUUUGCGAACUGGAUAAGUCGUUCGGGUUCUUGCUAGCUAACCAAAUGACACAGGCAUCUCUAGCUGUGUAUAGCCACUGAAAAAUUAUAUGAGGGGAAAAAGUCAGUCACUCCUCCAAUGACAUGACAUCCUCCUAGCAGCUAGCUCGCUAUCUAGCUAAUGUUAGGCUCCAUGUUUUUAGCUUGCUACAUAAAUAGAUACGCUAGCCUAUUAGCCACGUUAUGACUGACUUGUGAUCGUUGCCCUUGCUAGUUUGAUUGUAUUGACAUUCCCAGCCUUGGUUACAUUCGUCCGUUUUUGUCCAAAAUAUUUAGUCAUUGAAACUGAAACAGUGCAUCCUGAAUGGAGGCAGCAAAACAUUUACCAGGCCAGCUGUGAUUUACAACCUGAUAGCAAUAUUUUUGGGACUACCAACAAAUGUAUUGGUGAAUUAUAUUAAUCAUGCAUUGAACUGUAUCCAUCUAUUCUGCCAACAAUGCCUUAGUGUACGUUAUAGAACCUUGAGUCAAAUAUAACCUUUUUUUUUUUAAACCUCUCAUGAAGUUGGUUUUGUAGCAUAAACUGGGAAUUUGAUAUUUUUGACUGAUAUUAUGAUUGUCUGUUUGUUUCAAGUCUACAAAGUAGUUAAAACGCUGUCAGUUGCACUUUAAGAAAGUGUUUGUCUGACUUCUUUAACCACAUACUAGCAGCAGGAACACUUGACGUUGUGUCACACUAAUAACAUCACAAUGAUGGAUAGAUUAUAUACUUAGCUAGGCCACUGUCCACUUUGAGCUUUCUGUUUUUUUAUACAGACAAUAUACAUUUUAAAAGCAUUGUAUAUAAUAAUUAUUUGAAGAGAGUGAGGCUGUGUGUUUUUUCAUGAGGUCAAAAACUCUCUCUCUCUCUCUCUCUCUCCCUCUCUCUCCCUAUCUCUCUCUUCCUCCCUCUCCCUCUCUCUCCCCAUCUCUCUUUCUCCCCCCCCCCCCCCCCCCCCCACUCUCGCGCUCUCUCUCUCCUCUCUCUCAUAAAGAUUUGUCCCUAACGACAGGUCAUUCACUCUGUGUUCCUCCUUGCCUCAUUAAUAUUCAUGAGCUGAGACCAGACAGAGUGCUCUGAUUGGCAGCAGCAGCCAUUUCACAUAUUUUAGAAUCUGAGGGGAACCAGUAGCGGCGUCUCCACUGAUAAAUAUUCAGCAGCAUCUGCCCUGACUGGCUGACUGGCUCAGUGAGGAGGGAGGAAGGGAAAGAUAGAUGGAAGAGCCGGAGGGAGGUUUCUGUUAACUGUCUAGGAAAAAGACUGCUAAAGAGCACCAAACCAAUCAGUUUUAACCGUGGACUGCCUAACUGUCUGGCUUUGAUUGUUUGUAUGCAUUUGAUUGUGUCAUUGCAUAGCCGUAUGUUCUAGCCGUAUUCUUCCCCUCUUUUGGGUCGGUCUGUCUGUCUGUCUGUCUGUCUGACGAUGGUGUCCUCUGUAGGUCUGUCCGUGUGUCUCUUGCUCUGAUGUCUGAGCUGAGCUGACAGUGUGUAUUGUGGUGUCUAUGUCGUCUGUCUGACAGUGGGUAUCCGUGGUCUCUCACUACAAGAUAGGACUGAUAAGUCCGCAUGUCUGGGGCCAGUUGAGAGGAUCAUGGAGAUUGAAGGGGAGGGAAAGUACGCCGUUACAUCCAGAAAACACCAGCCUGCAACGAGGUAACGCAUUUAUAACCCGCUCAGUACACCAUCCUGCCUGACUGGUAAUCCAUUUAUACAUGCUCUAUUACAACACAGCCUGCACGCCGGUAAACCAUUUACCUUUGCCAGUAACAGCCUGCCGGUCACAUUUAUACAUGCUACAUCCUGCCGACAGUGGUAACACUUUAUACCACGCGUCAGUCGACCAGCCUGUACUAGGUAACACUAUUCCUGCUCGUAACCAGCUGUACGGUAACACAUUCCACCAAGAGUAACCACCGCAGGUAGCCAUAUUAUAAUCCAUGCUGCAUAAAGCCGCGAAGAGUCGAUAUUUCCACGCUCAGUACACCAGCCUGCACGAGGUAACACAUAUUAUACCACGCUCAGUACACCAGCCUGCACGAGGUAACACAUAUUAUACCACGCUCAGUACACCAGCCUGUACGAGGUAACACAUAUUAUACCACGCUCAGUACACCAGCCUGCACGAGGUAACACAUAUUAUACCACGCUCAGUACACCAGCCUGCACGAGGUAACACUUUAUACCACCUCAUACACCAGCCUGACGAGGUAACACUAGUUAUACCACGCUCAGUAACCACCACCAUCCCACAGGUAACACAUAUUAUACCACGCUCAGUACACCAACCUGUACGAGGUAACAUACACGUACACACACACACACACACACACACACACACACACUGACUACACAAUGCAUAGAAACAGAUACAAAACAUGUUUGCCUCUCUCCUCUAGAACAUGUUCCAUUACUCUACUGACGUGGUGGGUCAGGGGGUAGUGAAGGUGCCUGUUGCCUGUGGAGACGAUGCGUGGAAGGUCUACUUUGAUGAGGUGCAGCAGGAUAUCGUAGAUGAAUUCGCCAUGCGCUACGGCAUCGAGUCCAUCUACCAGGCCAUG